AUGGGCAUGUUCCGGCGGCUGUGCAGAUUGAAUGUUCAUGAGCAUCCAGAGCUUCGCCAUGGGGCAUACAGAGUUGGUGGCGUCGUGAUGUCCCUCGGCGCGAUGUCGGAGCGCGUCGCGCGUAGCACUCAGUGCUUGCAGCGCCACGUGGCCGCGUGCUCUCCGCAUCAGUUCUGGUUUUCAGGGCAGUGGGUGAAGCAGUUUGUCAGCCCACUGGCCCACCCUUGCCGACAAAGCGGGCGCAUCGUGAGAGCCCCGGGAGGUGGCGAGGGCAUUCACCAACAGAAAAGAGCCGAGCAUCUGCAUGCAUUUUCGGACAACACAUCGUCUGUCUAA